CUGGCUCUCUUUCAACUACCUGACUGUUGAAUAUUUUAUUUAUUUCACUGAAAUUCGAUAUUUUGUUUUCAAUUCAAUUUUGUGUUAAAAUAUGGAUUUAUUGAAGAAUGAUGAUCAACUAACAAUAGUUAAUCGAUCAUUGGAAUAUCGAAUUAGCAAAAAAAUAAUUCGUAAAGUGCCUUAUUUUGAAAAGAUGCUGAACCUUGGUUUAAAGGAAUCAAAGGAAAACAAAGUCGUAUUGGAUUUUGAAACAAAGGCUUUCAAAUCAAUCUUCAGUUGGAUUGAAAUCGGAUGUAUCCUCAUCGAGAUGGAUUGUGUAAUAAAUAUUUGUAUCAUAGCUGACUAUUUCGGGAUAAGUGAUUUUUUGAUAGACGAUUGCUUUACAUAUUUUCAUGAUAAUUUUUCAAUCGAGUAUCUUCCGGUUAUUAUACCUCAAGUGACUUCAACAUCUAAGUUGAUCAACUCUGGUACUCUUAAUGCUUUCAUUUGUCGUUAUUUCACAAAAAUAGUGAACACACCUGUUUGGUUGAAUUAUCCUGUUGAAACAAUUGGAUAUAUUUGUGCUUUGGAUUUGAUGAUUCACUCAGAAUAUCAAGUUUUCGACGUGAUUAUGAGAUGGGUGACUUUCAAGGCUGAAUCUAGAAAGAGUUAUCUUAAGGAACUGUUAAAGUUGGUUCGUUACUGCCAUUUGGAAGAUAAGGAUUUAUCGAAAAUCAAAGAAAAUGAAUUUUUUAAAUCUUCUGGCUUUGAACCAAAAUUAUGCCCUUCUAAUAAUUGUAAUUGUGGUAUCGACCGAACUAAACAAGGCUAUUUUAUCGUAAUCGAUGAAUUGUGUGACAAAAAUUUGCGAGUCAAAGUACUUGACGGUAAUUUCUUUCCAUUGAUUAAUCAAGUAAUUCAAUCAGACGAAUCUUUGCUUUUGCAUCUUUUCCAUGGUAAACAUGUUUCUGAUAUUCCAUUCGAUUCUGGAAGGAAAAUGAUUCGAAUUGAUUGGGAGAAAAAUAAAUAUCGUUUGUUUGAUCAUUCAGCUCUUAAAUCGUAUUAUCUUAAAAUUCAUCAAUGCAUUUUUGAUGAGCAACAAAGUCAGAGGACUACUGUGACGACUCAAGCAAACAACGCAUCGUCAUUUUACACUAAUGAAAGUUCACUUCUCGAAGCUAGCGAAAAGUUCUUUCUUGUUCGUAACGAUCAAUACGACUUCAGAUGUUGGAAGAAUACAUCUAUUUCAGACAUUAAUUCUGAAUUUAAAUCCGGUAAACAUACUUACAUGGCAACUGUUUUGGACAACUUUAUUUAUGUGCUGACAGAUAAGCUUCAAUUUUUCCAGUUCAAUAUUGACCGCAAUCUGGAGUUCACAAAGAUAAGACUUGAUAAGUUUCAAGAUAAGUUUGCAUUUGAUAAUUUACUUUUAACAUCCAUGCAAGCUGAUGAUGAUAGAGUUAUUUUUAUUGAUAAGACUGCAAAAGAUAUUGUCUGUUUCGAUGUCAGCACUCAAAAAUGGAAAUCAAUGGGUCGAAUUCUUGAUUGUAAAAGUAAAUCAACGGAUGGUCAAAAGGAAUCUAAUGUCCUUAAAACUUUUACCUUUGGAUUUUUAUCAACGGACUCGAUCAACUUUUGCUUGGAACGUAAAUUAACGCAAUAAAAUGAUUUUGAUUUGA